AUGGAAUCUGGGGGUGUCUCUUUGGAGGAUCUUGAAGAAUAUUACAUGGUGGUCAACCAAACGUUCAGAAGCGAGGAAGAAGGAUACAAGUACUACAAUUCUUAUGCUUUGUUGAAAGGGUUUGGUGUUAGAAAGGAAGAUCUUGAGUGCAAGCCGGACACAAAGAUUGCUUUCCGGCGCCUUUUCAGCUGCUCGAAAGAAGGAUACCGUGCAGUGAAGCAUUUUAAUGCAACAAAUAGAAAACGACAGCCAAGGGCGUUGUCCCGUUGUGGGUGCAAGGCUCGGUUGGAGAUCGAGCUUCAUAUGGAAUGUGGUGAAUGGUUUGCUAAAAUUUUUGUUGAUGAACAUAACCAUCCACUUGUGAAGCCGGAUCAUACAGCUUUCAUAAGGUCCCAUCGUGGGCUAAGUGAUGCUCAAAAGGCUGAUGUCAUUGAGUAUGGAAUUGGUGGCCUUCGAACACAUCAGAUAAUGGAGAAACAACACGGGGGUUACUACAAGGUUGGAGAUGGUGAAUUUUUUUACAAGUACAAGACAGAGGAAGAAGGUCAUCUGCAGAACCUCUUUUGGACGGAUGCGCAGUCUCGAAUUGAUUAUGAUGCCUUUGGUGGCGUUGUGGUGUUUGAUAGUACGUACCGUGUGAACAAAUACAAUCUUCCAUUUGUCCCUUUCAUUGGAGUGAAUCAUCAUCACAGCACGACUGUGUUUGGAUGUGGUAUUGUAUCAGACGAGACAGUGGCAUCAUACGUGUGGUUGCUCAAGGCAUUUUUGGAGGCGACGCAGCAGAACCCUCCCAGGUCCGUGAUGACCGAUGGUGACCGUGCAAUGGCAAAGGCAAUAUCGAUGGUGUUUCCUGGUACAGAUCACAGAUUGUGCAGCUGGCACAUCGAGCAAAAUAUGAUACGCCACCUCUGCAAUCCAAAGCUCGGUGACUUUAGAAAAUUUGUUUACCAUGCGAUGAAGGUUGAUGACUUUGAGAGACGUUGGGUUGAGUUUAAGGACAAGUAUGAAAUUACAGAAAAAGAUGAAUGGAUUAACAGGAUGUAUGAGCUGAGGAAGAAGUGGUCCAAGGCAUAUACGAAAGGGAGAUAUUUCCUUGGCAUGCAAAGCAACCAGCGGAGUGAAAGUCUGAACUCAAGACUUCAUAAGAAUCUGGACAGGAGAAUGUCUCUUGUCGAUUUGUUAGAGCACUAUGAUCUCUGUCUAUCGCGUAUCCGUAGGAACGAGUCCCAGUUGGAUGCUGAAGCUUCACAAACAGUACCCUUCACAGAUUUACAUGCUGAACCACUAGAGCGAAGUGCUGCACGUACUUACACUCCAGAGAUGUUCAAGAGAGUGAAAGUGGAGAUCAUCCGUUUAGUAGAAUGGGAAAUAGCAGAGGUUCUUAUGUGA